UGAUUUUAGCCGUCAACGCGAGUCGUCCGUCAAAUUCUAUGUGAAGUGCUUGUACAUAUUUUUGCUUUUCCGCCAAAGUACAGAGUCAUUCUAGAAUUGCCAAAAUGGCAGAGGGCCAAGAAGAUCCCAAAAAAAUCACUAUCACAGUAAAGACUCCAAAAGAGAAACAGCAAGUGGAGAUCGAAGAGGAUGCCGAUAUCAAAAAACUGAAGGAGGUGUUAUCGCCGAAGUUCAGCGCUGAGCCGGAGCAGCUAUGUCUUAUCUUCGCCGGGAAGAUCAUGAACGAUGCCGACACUCUGAAGCAGCACAACAUCAAGGAUGGAUUAACUGUCCACUUGGUGAUCAAAACACCCCCCAGGCCGGAACCCGAGGGGGCGGCUCGGAGACCACCAGCUGAUAUCGGUGCUACACCAUUUGGUCUGAACUCACUGGGUGGUCUUGCUGGUCUCGAAAGCCUGGGUUUGGGCCAGAGUACAUUUAUGGACUUACAGGCUCGCAUGCAGCAAGAGCUCCUUUCCAACCCGGACAUGUUGCGCCAAGUGUUGGACAACCCGCUCGUGCAGCAGAUGAUGAACGAUCCGGAGAACAUGCGCACACUCAUCACAUCUAACCCACAGAUGCAGGACUUGAUGGCUCGAAACCCAGAAAUCAGUCACAUGCUCAACAACCCAGAACUACUACGUCAAACUAUGGAGUUGGCUCGCAACCCUGCUAUGUUACAAGAGUUGAUGCGUUCGCACGACCGAGCCCUGUCUAAUCUUGAGAGCAUACCGGGUGGUUACAACGCCUUACAAAGAAUGUACCGGGACAUCCAGGAGCCUAUGUUGAAUGUUGCUAGCAAUAUGGCUGGAAAUCCAUUCUCGGGGCUCGUAGAUAAUUCCGACGGCACAAACCCCCAACAGGGUUCAGAGAACCGACAGCCGCUGCCAAACCCUUGGCAGCGCGGCGGCGGCGGUGGCGGUGGCGGGACCGGCGCAGGCGGCGCCGCGGGCACCGGGCCUGGGCUCAUCAACACGCCGGGCAUGCAGUCGCUGCUGCAACAGAUGGCUGAGAACCCACGCCUUGUGCAGUCCAUGCUGUCUGCCCCUUACACCAACAACAUGCUGCAAGCGCUUGCCGCCGACCCAGAAAUGGCGUCCCAGCUCAUCAACCAGAACCCGAUGUUCGCGAACAACCCGCAGCUGCAGGAGCAGAUCCGCAGCAUGAUGCCGCAGAUGCUGGCGCAGCUCCAGAAUCCCGAGAUGCAGCAGAUGAUGUCCAACCCGCAGGCCUUGAACGCGCUCCUACAAAUCCAGCAAGGCAUGGAGCAGCUUCGCACGGCCGCGCCGUCUCUGGUGUCCAACCUGGGGCUGGGCGUGGGCGCUGCCGCCGCCGCGCCGCCCGCCGCGCCGCCCGCCCAGCCUGCCGCGCCGCGCCCGCAGCAAAACACAGAGCUGUUUACCCAGUUCAUGCAGCGAAUGGUGUCGGCGAUGUCGACGAACCAGACGAACUCGUCGCAGCCGCCCGAGCAGCGCUACUCGCAGCAGCUUGAGCAGCUAGCCGCUAUGGGCUUCCUGAACAGGGAGGCCAACUUGCAAGCUCUGAUCGCGACGUUCGGCGACGUGAACGCAGCUGUGGAAAGGCUACUGGCCCUCGGCCAGCUGUCCAUGAGCUAACACGCGCGCCCGAGACCGCUCCCACGCAUGGCUACUACUCGCGACCACUCACACCGUCCCGGCUGCGAAGUUCCACGGAUUUAACAUGUAAUCGUCUUUAUUUCUUCGUCACAAAGUUUAUUUCAGAAUCAAUCAGACAGACGGGCUUCGUAUUUUGGAUCGGUUCUCCAUCUCACUUCCUUCAUAUCUUCAUACCUCCGUAACUUGAGUCACUAGAGUUUUAACACUCCAUAUUUUCCAACUGUUUCGAUAUCACGGUUUGUCACUGUCCACUUUUGGUGUGUUUGAAGUGUACUCGUUUCUUAACAACGAUUGUUUGUCUUAUGGUAUUCAUGUAUUAUGGUUUUGGCGAAAAUUUGUGGUAUGUUAAAUGGCAAAAAUCCAUAUAAAAAUAACAAAAAAAAAUGAAGUACACGUGAGGUAAAUAGCGUGAUCGGGUCGGCCUCCUUCGAAGCUACCUCAAGGAUCUUAUGUAAGAGAAGGCUAAUUUUCUAUUAUUCUGUCCUUUUAUAUUUAUUCUUUACACUUCUGAUGUGUAGUUUUGGAGGGUUUAAUUAACUAGGUUCCUACAGUUAUGUUGGCACUCCAGUCAAUAUGAGUAAGUAGCCAUUAUUUAAUUUGUUGCCUGUACAUCCUAAUAUUCCCGAUCGCUGUCAGGGAGGAUUGUUUAAUCCUCAUAAUAGGUUUUUCCUAUAUACAUAUUUCGAUUUCAUUCCUUCUUGUUUUUAGGUAAUAUGCGAAAUUGUUUAAGGAAGGUACUCUUUCAUGUAACAAGUCACUUGAUUUAUGUAUUUUAUGGCUAUUGUAAAGAAAAAUAUAUUUCUAACAUUUAAUUUAAUCUAUAUAUACUUUUUUUAUUAUUGAUGUGAACUUGUAGCGUUGAUUAUUACAUACAUUGCAUUUCAGUAGAAUUAUGUAAAUAGUUUUGCUUACGCAAUAAAAAUAUGUCCGACACAAACACAACUUCAGGCGUUAAUGAAAUCUUGGUUCUGCUAUUUAUUAGUAAGAGUUUAUUAUGCACUUAUUGUAUUUAUAAAGCCGAACCAAAAGUACUAUUUCGUAUGCAAUAUUUAUGUAGCUAAAUAUAAAAACACUGAAUAAAAUACGAAAAACUGUGUAGUUGGAAUAAAUGCUGGUAAAAUAUCUAUUAUGUUGUGGUGGUAAAAUUAUCUUCAAUUAAAGGUUUUAUUUUAGCAUAUCAUAGUGGUUUUAUAGUGAAGUAAUUAAAUUUAAGUUGUAAAAUAUGAUGGUGUAUACUGUUGCUCAUUUUUCUAGCGAAUUGUGUUGAAAACUAUCCAGAAUUUAUAGAAAAAAAAACAAACAUUAUGCAACAAUAUAAUAUUACGAGUAAAAGGUACAUUUAAUUUAUGAAAAUUAUAGCAAUGAUCAUUGGUGCAUACGUGUGUAGGCAUACAAAUGUAAAGUAUGAUAAUUAUUGUCGUCAUACGCUGGGUGUGAAAGGGUUCCACUAAAUGUAAUUAUUUUCCAUUGAGUUGGUGUACUUUGAGCCGAAUUUUAGAUACAUGUUUGAAUAAAAGUAGGAAAGCAAGAUCAUAAUGUAUGACAUCAUAGUUCACGCCUUUUAUCUAAUCGUUUACUUGUUCAACAAUUCUGUUAGAAAUUUAAAAAAUUAAUCUACAGUCGUGCGAUGUGGAUGUCAUUGGGAGGCCUAUGUUCAGCAGUGGACGUCCUGUGGCUUACGUGAUGAUGAUGAAUCUACAAUCAACGCGUUUAUUUGGAAGUUGAAUUAUAUCUAUUUUAGUUGAUAUUUAAGAAUACGUUUUUGUAUACAUGAUAUGAGGCGUGUGUUCUGUGAUGUAUUCUAGACUGCUAGAAUUGUCUGAAAUCGUAUGAAUCUGGGUGUAACAUUAUUAUGUGACAGAAUGCAAUUAUUAUAAAUAAAUAUAAACUA